UUGUGAUAAGAUUCUGCCUGUGGAAUAUCAUGAAAGCUCCAAUGCCUUUUUCCUUUGCUUCCCUUACCAAAGUUCCAACUAUUCCUUCCAUCUUUCACGUACUACUUUUCUUUCUUCUUAUUACAGCUCAUUAUGGAACUCAAGCUGAACAUGAAGAAAAGAUCACCAACGUUGGAAUUAUUAUUGAUCUUCAUUCUCGAAUUGGGAAAGAGCAGCAAGCUGCCAUGGAUAUUGCAGCUCAAAACUUCAACCACAGUUCAAACAACCACAAGCUGUCACUUCAUUUUCAGGACUCAACAAAGGAACCCCUCAGAGCAGCUUCUUCUGCUAAGAACAUGAUUGAAGAAAACAAAUUAGAAGUGAUCAUAGGAAUGGAGAGCUGGGAAGAAGCUGUUAUGGUAGGAAAAGUAGGAAACCAAAGCCAAGUUCCUGUUAUUUCAUUAGUAGCACCAAGCAUAACACCCCCAUUAAUGCAGCUUCGAUGGCCUUUUUUGAUAUCAAUGGCUAAUAAUGCUUCUGGUGAGAUUAAGUACAUUGCAGAUCUUGUUUGUGCCUAUCACUGGAGAAAGGUUGUUGUGAUUUAUGAAGAUGAUGAAUAUGGCAGUGAUUUGGGAUCCUUAACUCUUCUAAAUGAGGCUCUUCAAAACGUUAGUUCUGAAAUCGAAUACCGCUUAGUUCUACCACCUUAUUCAACUCUCUCUGAACCAAAAGGGGUUAUCUUAGAUGAGCUAUUGAAGCUUUUGAGUGUGCAAUCUCGGACUUUUAUCAUUCUUAGAUCUUCUUUGCCUAUGGUAACUCAUUUAUUUAGAGAAGCUAAGAAGAUAGGACUUUUAGAGAGAGACUCGGCUUGGAUUAUGACUGAGAGUGUUACUAAUUUGCUGGACUAUGCCAACAACUCUGUCAUUUCCUCCAUGAAAGGAGCUUUAGGAAUCAAGACUAACUACUCAAAAGACACUAGUUCUUACAAAAAAUUUCUUGCCCAAUUCCAGAGGAGUUUCCAUGGAGAAAACCCAAAUGAAAGUAGUAAUUUGAACCCGGGAAUUUAUGCUCUACGAGCAUAUGACAGCAUUCAAGCUAUUACACAAGCCUUAAAGAGAGUAGCUAGCAAUACUAGUCCAAAAUUGUCAAAGGAAAGCAUAUUAUCUACCUCUUUUGAAGGUUUAAGUGGCACUGUAAGUUUUAAAGAAAACAUGCUAUUGCCUGAUCAAAAAUUAAGGAUUGUAAAUGUGGUUGAUAUUGAAGACCAAGAAACAUCUCAGAAAAAAGGAAUAUACAAAGAACUUGACUGUUGGAGGUCAAAUAAUGGAUUCUCAAACUGCCUUUCCACAGAAAAAAAGGAGAACAGAAUAGCUGAUCCUUGUCAAGGUUCAGUAGUUUGGCCUGGUAACUUAGUGAAAAGAUAUCCAAAAGGCUGGUCAAUGCCUACUAUUACAAAACCAUUGAGGAUUGGAGUUCCUGGUGAUACCCAAUUUAAAAAGUUUGUGACUGUUGAUCAAUCCAAGAUGUACUUAAAUGAGGCCUAUGAUGGUUUCUGUAUACGAAUUUUCAGAAUGGCGCUGCAGCACUUGAAUUAUGAUCUGCCAUAUCAAUUUGAAGCCUUCACAGGUUCAUAUGACCAACUUAUUGAUGCUGUCUAUAACAAGACCUAUGAUGCUGUGGUGGGUGACAUGACCAUUCUAUACGAACGAUCAAAGAAGGUGGAGUUCACUCAACCAUUUGCAGAAUCAGGUCUUUCAAUGAUAAUUCCAAUAAAUUCAAAACAAUCAACAUGGAUGUUCAUGAAGCCUUUCACUUGGGAAAUGUGGGUGAUUACUGUUGCCAUCUUGGUUUACACCAUGGUUAUAGUAUGGUUCUUGGAGCAUCCAACAAAUCCGGAAUUUACUGGCUCGGUGAAAGAUCAGAUAGGCACUGCCUUUUGGUUCACUUUCUCUUCUCUCUUCUUUGCUCAAAGGGAAAGAGUUCAUAGCAACAUCACUAGAGUUGCUGUCAUGAUGUGGUUUUUUGUGGUUUUCAUCCUAACUGCAAGCUACACCGCAAGUCUUUCUUCAAUUCUGACUGUGAGACAACUUGAACAAGAUAUAGAUAUUGAGUGGCUAAGAAAAACCAACCAGACAGUUGGUUGUGAUGGUGCUUCAUUCGUAAGAAAUUACCUGGAAAAUGUGCUUGAACUCAGUCCAAAUCAAACCAAAACUGUUCCGGAGGAAGAUGAUUACUUGGAUUGGUUUAAAGAAAAAAAAAUAUCUGCUGCCUUCCUUGAACUUCCGUACGAGAAAGUUUUUAUCAACAAGUACUGCAAUAAAUAUACCACCUCCUUGAGCACUUACAGAUUUGGAGGUCUCGGCUUUGUAUUUCAAAAGGGGUCUCCACUAACCAAAGAUUUAUCAGAAGCCAUUCUAAAGCUAUCAGAAAAUGGAAACAUAACAACACUACAGAAACAAUGCCUUACUCCUUCUGAUGCGUGUCCAUCAACAUCUUUAGAAACCGAAAGGCUGAGUCUCAAUAGCUUCUGGGGUAUCUACCUUACAUCUGGUGUCACUUCAACCAUUUGUUUACUCAUCUCCUUAGUUCGCCUCCAGAGGAAUUACCGGCGCCAUCAACAAUCAAACGGUGACAGUCAAAGUAUAAAAGCAAAAGCUCUUGGAUUGGCAAAAUACUUUUAUAAUGGCGAACACGUAUACAGUCCAGGAACAGCUUCUGCUACUACUACUAAUGUUUCUAAUCAUGACAUGCCUGAUCUGACUGUAGACAGUUCUUCAAGCUGGGAGUUUGCGAGCACAUCUGAUGCUUCAGCUCAUCAUGACACUUCUUCCCCUGCAACAAUUGAAAUCACAACUUUGUAAAUUUCAUUGUUUAGAUUUUUAGAUGUGUGUAGAAGUCUCAUUAAAGAUGUAGGAGCAUAGUUUUAAAUGUAUAUAUACAAUAGGCUAUAUUUAUUACCUCAGCUUUUGCUGAAUAUUGAGCUGAAUAUUGGAUAUCAUUCAUUCAUUACUUAAUGAAUAUUGGAUGUUGAUUCUUUAAUCCUAA